CUGCCUCCUAGUGGCGAAAUACGAGACCCGGAAGUGACCGUACUCUCGUCCAAAGGCAGAGGCACAAUUUUCUUCAUACAGUCGUUUCUUUCACAAUUUGUCUGGCUUGAUGACAUGAUCUGGUCUGUCGUGCCACAAUAAUGGAGCCGCCUCACAGCUCGAUGCUGAGAAUUAAAAGAAAUGGUGUGGUAAACGUCCCAGGAAAGCAGGUUUGAAAUCAACUGGUUGCAGUGUAUCACACCAUGUUGGUAACGGCGUACCUUGCCAUAAUUGUCCUGCUCGCCUUGUGUGUUGGCCUUGAGCUCACAGCGCGUCGUCUCAGCCCACCUCAACCGACUCAGACGGCUGCAGCCAACCCAGCCUUCCGCCGCUUCCAGAGCGCCUUCCUCCGGGCCUACCUCCUGGCCCUGUGGGCCGACUGGCUCCAGGGUCCUUACCUAUAUAAGCUCUACCGCCACUACAGCUUCCUGGAGUCCCAAAUAGCCAUCAUUUAUGUGUGCGGCUUGGCCUCUUCUGUGCUGUUUGCUCCUUUUUCAGGCUGGCUCCCCCAAGCCCUGGGCCGCAGACGGACUUGUCUACUGUUCUGUCUGUCUUACACUGCUUGCUGUCUCACCAAGCUAUCCAGAGACUAUUUUGUUCUGAUUAUCGGCCGCAUCCUGGGCGGUCUGUCCACAUCCCUGCUGUCCACCACAUUUGAAGCAUGGUACCUGUACCGGCAUGUCGAUGUCCACGAUUUUCCCAAGGAGUGGAUCCCUAGCACCUUUAAUAAAGCAGCCAUGUGGAACCAUGGGCUUGCAGUGGGAGCUGGUCUGGUGGCUAACUUGCUCGCUGAGUGGCUCCACCUGGGUCCAGUGGCUCCUUUUCUUUUGGCUGUCCCCUGUUUAAUGUGCUGCGCCUGGGUGGUGUUGACUGACUGGGGCAAGGAAGAAGCAGAAGAAGCACCUGAAAGUGACAAACAGACGCUUCUCCCAAGAGAUUCGAGUCAUGUCUCCACCAAGGCCCGGUUCUCCCGCAGCUGCCAUGAUGGACUCCGGUGCUUACUGUCAGACAGGAGGGUCAUGCUCUUGGGUGGUGUGCAGGCUUUAUUUGAAAGUGUCCUCUACAUCUUUGUUUUCCUGUGGACCCCAGUACUGGACCCUCAUGGGCCUCCCUUAGGGAUUGUGUUUUCCUGUCUAAUGGCCGCCUCAAUGGUUGGCUCCUUAAUGUACCGCCUUGCCACCUCCACGCACUACCGUCUACAGCCGGGCCACGUACUCUGCUUGGCUGUUCUCAUGGCAUUCUUCUCAUUCUUCAUGCUGACUUUUUCCACCGCGCCAGGUCAGCCGAGACCUCACGAAUCCUUAUUCGCCUUCCUGCUGCUGGAGCUAGCCUGCGGCCUCUACUUCCCAGCGGUAAGCUUUCUCCAGGGGAGAGUGAUCCCAGAAGAGAAGCGGACAGGAGUACUGGCCUGGUUCCGCCUACCUCUGAAUCUGCUGGCCUGUAUUGGACUACUGGCGCUCCACGGUGAGGUGUCGGGCACAAGUGGAGGGGAGGGGGGCAGCGGUACCAGACACAUGUUUGGGGGCUGUGCGGUCAUGAUGCUGGCAGCCUUGAUGGCUGUCGUCAGUUUGUUCACGCUGGGCAGAAAUGACUCCGACCUCAGACUGGAGGGAGCGAGAGGAGAAGGUGAAAUGUACUGA